GAAACGGUCGUCGAUGAUUACAGCUUCGUACGAAAACUCUUAAUCACUUUUCAAAGCUCAGAUUUAAAAAAAUCACAUUAAUUUUCUGCUUCAAAAAUGAGGCGUUUUGUAAUAAUCGCAUACAACUGAAAAAUACUUCGAGCAUGGGAAUCUAAUCACUGCAAACACGAUAAAACGUCAUUGAAAAACUUUCCACGAUUUUCUGACAGUCAUCGUUGGUCUAGUUUGGUUUAGUUCUUGCACAGAGAACCACUGUUUGUGAGAAUACUCUAACGCCGUGCUAUCACAAAAUUCUUGUUGUGCUUUCGUCAUAAUCUUUGAAUAAAAUGGCAAAUCCACGGGCAGUACCUUCGGUAAAAUUCUCGAAUGGAUUCAGUAUGCCGAUGUUCGGCCUUGGAACGUAUCUCUCCAAAGGUGGGGAAGCAGGAAAAGCGGUAAAAGACGCGAUCGAUCUGGGGUAUCGUCACAUCGAUACCGCAUUUUUUUAUCUCAACGAAGAGGAAAUCGGCGAGGCUGUGAGAGAAAAAAUCGAAGAUGGAACUGUCAAACGGGAAGAUCUUUUCAUCACUACCAAACUUUGGAACAAUUCUCACAAAGAAGACGCGGUUGUACCGGCUUGCAAAAAAUCUUUAAACAAUCUCGGCCUCGAAUACAUCGAUCUUUACCUGAUUCACUGGCCAUUUGCUUCCAAAGAUGGCGACGAUCCAUGGCCGCUGGACGCGGACGGAAAAAUGAUCGGAUCGGAAGUCGAUUAUUUGGAAACAUGGCGCGGCAUGGAAGAAUGCGUUCGUCAGGGUUUGACUCGCAGUAUUGGUGUGAGCAACUUCAAUUCCGAACAAAUCGAACGUUUGAUGCAAGCGGCCAAAAUCAAACCCGUUAACAAUCAAAUCGAAUGUAACGUUAAUGUGGGCCAGCGAAAAUUGAUAGAUUUUUGUGCCAAACACAACAUAACGGUGACCGGUUACUCGCCGCUCGGACGACCCGGAAAUCGAUAUGAAGUCGGCAACUCACUCGAUAACCCGAAAAUUCUUCAAAUAGCCGAAAAAUACAAAAAAACACCGGCCCAAAUUGCGCUACGUUACGUCUAUCAACAAGGAGCUGCACCAGUCCCAAAAUCCGUCACUAAAAGUCGAAUUGAAGAAAAUAUGAAGAUAUUCGAUUUCAGCCUUACGGAUGAGGAAAUGAAGACGAUCGAAUCAUUAGGGACGGGCGAAAGAGUCGCUGCCUUUGCACCAGAAAAAAAAGUACGAAGAAAACCUCAUCAAUUGCUCAGAGUAAUGAGGGAAGAAAAUUCGACGACCAAAUUUCCAAUAAAUUCUACACUCCAAUUCAUAAUUAGAAUUUUCGAAAAUGAAUUUCCACGAUGUUUAAAUCCGAAUUUCAAAAGUUCUUCAAAACUUAGAGAUGCGCGCGACAAAUUUCAAUCAGGAUUUUCUUUAAACUGUUUCGCCAUUGGCCAAUACGUUGCUUCAACAAGUGGCAACGCUGAGAAUACGGUCGUGAAAUCGCGUGCGAUAUUUAUUGCAUGCGACUAUUCUCUCGUUGAGCCGCUCUCAAAGUGUGUGAGUAAAAUGGCAAUUCCGAACGAAGUACCUUCAGCGAAGUUUUCGAAUGGAUUCAGCAUGCCGAUGUUCGGUCUCGGAACGUAUCUCUCACGGGGAGAGAAAGCGAGAAAAGCAGUAAAAGACGCGAUCGAUCUGGGAUAUCGUCACAUCGAUACCGCAUUUUUUUAUCAAAACGAAGCGGAAAUUGGCGAAGCUGUGAAAGAAAAAAUCGCAGAUGGAACUGUCAAACGGGAAGAUCUUUUCAUCACUACCAAACUUUGGAACAAUUGUCACAAGGAAGACGCAGUUGUACCGGCUUGCAAAAAAUCUCUAAACAAUCUCGGCCUCGAAUACAUCGAUCUUUACCUGAUUCACUGGCCAUUUGCUUGCAAAGAUGGCGACGAUCCAUGGCCGCUGGACGCGGAUGGAAAAAUGAUCGGAUCGGAAGUCGAUUAUUUGGAAACAUGGCGUGGCAUGGAAGAAUGCGUUCGUCAGGGUUUGACUCGCAGUAUUGGUGUGAGCAACUUCAAUUCCGAACAAAUCGAACGUUUGAUGCAAGCGGCCCAAAUCAAACCCGUUAACAAUCAAAUCGAAUGUAACGUUAAUGUGGGCCAGCGAAAAUUGAUAGAAUUUUGUGCCAAACGCAACAUAACGGUGACCGGUUACUCACCGCUUGGGAGUCCCGGUCAUCAUUAUGCAGCCAGCCACUCCCUCGCUAAUUCGGCUAUCCUCAAAAUCGCCGAAAAAUACAAAAAAACACCGGCCCAAAUUGCGCUUCGUUACGUCUAUCAACAAGGAGCUGCGCCAGUCCCAAAGUCCGUUACCAAGAAUCGAAUCGAAGAAAAUAUCAAGAUUUUCGACUUCAGUCUUUCGGAUGAUGAAAUGAACACGAUAGAAUCAUUGGGUACAGGCGAAAGAGUUGUCGAAUUGCAUAGUGCCAGCCACCUCAAAUAUUACCCUUUUACAAUACCCUUCUAG